CCUGUUGCUUUGGUCGCAUCCAUUAGCAGCACUUUACUUGAAUCAUUGAAAUUACCACGCAAGGCAACGCAACGCAACGCAAAGCCAAAUAACGUAAAGCAUUUUCCGUGUCGCGAAAUCAAAUAAAGUACAGUAAAUCCGCUCGUCAGACGCGCAACGCCUAAUUGAAUCGCAUUGCAUAGUUUUAGAACUAUGAAGGCCACAACGCGAAUUUGCUCGAUUGUCGUACUGAUCUGCGCUGCGCGACUCGUCUGCACCGCACAACAACGCUACAACACCAAUGAUGCUGUCGGCUACCCACUCGACUAUGCGGACACAAAGUUAAUACAGAAUGAUUAUUUGCUGGAGAAACGAAACAAACCGUCAUUGUCAAUUGUGAAUCCGUUGGACGUGCUGCGCAAACGAUUGUUGCUGGAAAUGGCUCGAAGGCAGAUGAAGGAAAAUACGAGACAGGUGGAAUUGAAUCGUGCCAUAUUGAAGAACGUCGGCAAGCGUAUGCUCCCAGCGCAAGCACAACAACAACAACAGCAAUUGGAAUACCUCCUCAACCGCACACCAUACCAUCAGCCAACAUACUCGUACAACACACCACUCCAACUGCAGCAGCUGUUGCAACCACAUUAUACCAAUCAAAUGGAGUACUCGCCUGAUGUAUCCAUCUACGAUUACGUACAACGACCAGCCUACAUGUACGAUAGCAUCCUGCCCGCCAUCGACCUUGUUGGGAGCGAGAGCGUAGGUGAGGCAGCCAGGCACACUCCGUGGUACAUCAAUGCGCUUGAGAUGGAUGCCACAGAUGGAGACACAACUACUUACAAAGCGGUUGCAAAUGAAAUGACCAACGAAAUGGCAAAUGACAAGAAAAACUCAAAUGGUGCCGCAGAUGGGAAUAGAGGCACUGCACAAUGGGCUGGUGGUAAGGACGCUGGCAGCAGCAGCAGCAACAGCAACGUCGACGCUGUCGGCAAAAGUGACGCACUGACCAAAAACUUGUCCGGCAACGAGCAUCGCACAGCAAAGGUUGGCAAUCUACUGGUAGAUGGUGAGCAAGUUGAAGGAAAUGACGGCAAUGCUGAUUAUCAAUUGCGGUACUUUUAUGGUCUGCAUAAGAAACACCACAACAUGAGAAAGUAAGCAGUGAGCAGUUUCCUAAAAGCAUCCAGACACUCCGGCACACCAGCGACAUUAUUUGAACCACUCCAGUCCAAGGGUACACGUAUUUCGUUGAACACCAAUUAAUCAAACACACAAACAUACAAACAAGGCGAAGUUCUCCGUGCGAUGCGCUUUGCUUUGCUUGGUUUUUACUUCAGUGUUAUGUCAUAGUUUUAGCAUACAUAUGUUGCCACAUAUACAUAUAUACAUAUAUAUUUAUAAUCAAAACUAUUUUAACUGCAUAUAUUUUAGUGAAAUUAUAGUGAUUUAUACGACAUUUGAAAAUGGUGUCGAAUUGUAACUGCAACUAAAUAUGAUGAAAUCGUCUUUAGUAAUGGGGGUCUUAAGAAAUGCAUUAAAUGUUGUUUAAUCACAAUGGCAUAAGCUAAAGCCCAAACGUGUGUAAAAUAAAAAGUAAUAACAAAGAAUUGAAUGAAAAAUCAAAACCAUAAAAAAUCAAGCUCUGUUAAUAAAAGUAUUUAAUAAACAUAUUUACACAGAUCACAAGCGAUUAUUUACUUUGGAAAAAAGAAAUUGAAAAUUGUCGUUUAUUUGCAUAGAUUCAACUACUAAACGCUCAGAUGGUCCCAAAGAAAUAACAACAGAAAAGAGUCGACAUGGAAAUGAUUAUGUUUAAAGUUUGACUUAACAACAUUUCUCAUUCAUGUAUGACUGUUAAAAAGCGGAGGGUAACCAUAUUAAAAAAGGUGUAUAUUGUAAAAACAAAAUAAUUUUUACGCUCCAACAGGUUAUAAACUGAGAGUUACAGCUUUUAUUUCUGUAAGUAUUUUAUUCUAUUUGUUCAAUCUCUUUAACCAUUUACAUACCUGCAUACAUGCA